GAACAACAACAAACCCAGGAGACAGUUGAAGAAGAUCCUAAUUUGAACAUUUAGUAGUGACCUGUACCUCUCAUCAUGAGGUGCCGUGCUUUCGCUGUGUGCGUACUGUUGGGAGUCUGUCUGCAGAAUGGAUGGACCAUUCCCCUCAAGUCUGUGUUUGUGACCUUCCCUGGAGACAUUGUCAAAAACGUGACAGAUAUGGAGCUGGCAGAGAAUUACCUGCAGAGAUUUGGCUACAUGGAGUCGGUGAAGCGCAGUGGUUUUCAGCCAGUGGUGUCUGCGUCUAAAGCUCUGAAGCGCAUGCAGAGACAGAUGGGAUUGGAGGAAACAGGAGAACUGGACCCAGCCACCCUGGACGCCAUGAAGAGACCUCGCUGUGGAGUCCCUGAUGUUGCCAACUACAAGACCUUUGAUGGGGAUCUGAAAUGGGACCAUCAUGACAUCACUUACAGGAUCCUGAACUAUUCCCCAGACAUGGAGAGCUCUCUGAUCGAUGAUGCUUUUGCCAGAGCUUUUAAAGUUUGGAGCGCAGUGACCCCCCUGAGUUUCACACGGCUCUUUGAUGGAACAGCAGAUAUCAUGAUCUCAUUUGGGAAAAAGGACCAUGGAGACCCGUACCCUUUUGAUGGAAAGGACGGCCUGCUGGCUCAUGCUUAUCCUCCGGGUGAGGGUCUGCAGGGAGACGCACACUUUGAUGAUGACGAGCACUGGACUCUGGGGAGAGGCGCAGUUGUAAAGACAAGUUAUGGGAAUGCCAAUGGCGCCUUGUGCCAUUUUCCCUUCAUAUUUGAGGGCAAAGCCUACACCACUUGUACCACAGAGGGGCGGACAGACAAUCUUCCCUGGUGCGGCACCACGGAAGACUAUGACAAGGACAAGAAAUAUGGCUUUUGUCCAAGUGAAUUGCUGUAUACUAUUGGAGGAAAUUCGGAUGGGAAACAGUGUGUCUUCCCCUUUGUCUUUUUGGGAAAAGAAUACAACAGUUGUACCACAGAGGGGCGCAGUGAUGAGUACCGCUGGUGUGCAACCACUGACAACUUUGACAAGGACAAGAAAUAUGGCUUCUGUCCCAGUCGUGAUACCGCUGUAACAGGCGGAAAUGCUGAAGGAGAGCCAUGCCACUUUCCGUUUGUGUUUUUGGGGAAAGAGUACGACUCUUGCACGAGUGAGGGGCGCGCUGAUGGUAAACUGUGGUGUGCUACCACAGCCAGCUAUGAUCAGGACCAGAAAUGGGGAUUCUGUCCCGACCAGGGUUACAGUUUGUUCCUUGUGGCAGCUCAUGAGUUUGGACAUGCUCUUGGUCUUGAUCACUCCAACAUCAGGGAGGCACUCAUGUACCCCAUGUACAGCUACGUGGAGGACUUCUCACUGCACGAAGAUGACAUUGAAGGCAUACAGUAUCUCUAUGGCGGCAGAACAGGCCCAGAACCUACUACUCCUCAGCCCACUCCCACCACCACAGACUACCCUGACACUGACGAAACAGACGAGACAGAGGAGCCCACAGAGCCCACAAUCACCACCACCACUCCCUCCGUGGACCCCACACUGGAUGCCUGCAAGCUCAACAAGUUUGACACCAUUACUGUGAUCGAAGGAGACCUGCAUUUCUUUAGCAAUGGACAUUAUUGGAAAAUGUCCAGUAAACAUAAAAAGCUCAUGGGACCAUUUGUUACCUCUGAGACAUGGCCCAAACUCCCAGCUUCAGUUGAUUCUGCCUUUGAGGACCUUCUAACCAAGAAAAUCUACUUCUUCUCAGGUCGGCAGUUCUGGGUAUACACCGGGAAGGAUGCCCAUGGCCCCCGAAGCGUGGAGAAACUUGGUCUCCCCAACAGCGUACAGAAGGUUGAAGGUGCUCUGCAGAGGGGUAAAGGGAAAGUCCUGCUGUUCAGUGGAGAGAACUUCUGGAGGCUUGACGUUAAGGCCCAGAAGAUUGACAAAGGAUACCCACGUUACAUAGACUCAGUUUUCGGUGGUGUUCCCAAUGACGCACAUGAUGUUUUCCUCUACAAAGGUCAUUUCUAUUUCUGCCGUGAAAGUUUCUACUGGCGCAUGAACCCAAGGAGACAGGUGGACCGUGUUGGAUAUGUGAAGUAUGAUCUGCUCCAGUGCCCAAGCCCCUCAAGACAUUACUGGGAGGCUUAAAAGGCUUAAUCUACUGUCACCACUGUGGGGCAAAGCCUUUUUCAUCAAUGUGUAGGAGACUGGGAGAAUGUGAUGCCAUUAAUGUAACCACCUGAAGACGUGUGUGCCCUCUGGGAUGUGAACACCCCUAGUGGCCAAAACGAGAACUGGAACAAGAAGCAGAUUUUCAGUUCUACCAAUACUCCCUUUUCUACCUAGUAAUCUGUGAAUUUAUUGGAUGUGGCUACAAAAAGUACAAACUAAAAUCUAAUUUAUAUUUAUAAUUUCUGGCCAUGUCCAGAUUGACUAAGAAUGUCUGCCGGGUUCAGACUAAACAGUAUUGAAAUAUUGUUAAUAUUUAUAACUGGAAAAGAUUAUUAAUUUUAUUGUGUCCAUCUUGUGUUUGUUUGUUUGUUUGUGUAUUUCUGGCAGAUACCUGUUACUUGCACUGGAUGACAAUGUGUGUCUCCUUCAAAUGUAUUUAAGACACAGAUUUUUUUUUAUGAAAUGUUAAAGUUUCAUUGCAAUAAACAUUUAACAAAUGAA